GCGCCGGCCGCUGUCACGGUAGGAUGUGUAUGUUUAUGUUUCCGCGAUGAUUACGGUUCCGUUACCAUAGAGAUUAUGUUUACGCGGGUCGCGCGAGGACGACAUACAUCUCUACGCAUCGACACACAUCUCUACACUUCUGAGGCUCGCCGCUCUCGAAUGUCUACACACAUCUCAAAACGUUAUCUCAACGAUAUUGGAAGAGUUUCGUGAGGUUUUUCCAAUAGCGUGAUUGUCCGACACUUUUAAAAAAAAUUGCAGCGAAAACGUAAAUGCAUAAAAGUGUUGAGUCUUAUCCGUCACAAACAUAGUUCAUGCGGUAGUGUUUGUGUGAAGGGCCAUAUAAAAGGCCGCGGCGGUGGGCUUCCGAGAUGAGCUAUGAAUCUGGGCUGCCUGGUAGCCACUGUCUUCAUCCUUCAGCUGCUCCAGCUGUCCUCGGUGCUCCACGCUCUACCUUCGGUCGUCAAAAUCGGUGCUAUAUUCACUCAUGACCAAAAGGAUAGCAGCACGGAGCUAGCCUUCAAGUACGCCGUUUACAAGAUCAACAAGGACAAAAUUAUCCUGCCGAAGACCACGCUGGAGUAUGACAUCCAGUACGUGCCAAAAGAUGAUUCCUUUCACGCAUCGAAAAAAGCGUGUCAGCAGGUCAAGUACGGCGUUCAGGCGAUCUUCGGGCCCUCUGAUCCGAUUCUGGGCCAGCACAUUCACAGCAUCUGCGAUGCUCUCGAUAUUCCGCAUCUCGAGGCUAGGCUGGACCUGGACGCGGAGGCGAAAGAAUUCAGCAUUAAUCUCUAUCCCGCACAAAAUCUGCUCAACAUCGCUUAUCAGGACGUCAUGGAGUUUCUCAAUUGGACCAAAGUGGCGAUCAUCUACGAGGACGAUUACGGAUUGGUGAAAUUGCGGCAGCUGGUGAGGUCACCGAAAAUCCGUGACAUCGAAAUCAGUCUUAGGCAGGCGGAUCCUAAUUCGUACAGGCAGAUCCUCUCCGAGAUGAAAAGCAAGGAAAUUCAAAAUCUCAUCGUGGACACAAAGCCCGAGCACAUGCAUCAUUUUCUACGAAUGAUCCUGCAGCUGCAGAUGAAUGAUUACAAGUACCACUACCUCUUCACGACUUUUGAUAUCGAAACAUUCGACCUCGAGGAUUUCAAGUACAAUUUUGUCAAUAUCACUGCCUUUCGUUUGGUCGAUGCGGACGAUCUCGGCGUACGUAGUAUCCUGAGGGACAUGGAGCGCUAUCAGCCGGCGGGGAACACGAUUCUCAAUAAAUCGAGAAUCAUUCAGGCAGAACCAGCGUUAAUGUACGACAGUGUACAGGUGUUCGCGGUGGGAUUACGUACCCUGGAGCAAUCCCAUGCUCUAAGGCCCGCUAAUAUUUCCUGCGAGCUCGAGCACCCCUGGGAUGGAGGAUUGUCUCUCAUUAACUACAUUAACUCGGUCGAGAUGAAAGGAAUCUCCGGACCAAUUGAAUUUAAAGAAGGACGCAGAAUACAGUUUAAAUUGGAUCUACUGAAACUGAGGCAACACUCGCUCGUCAAGGUACGUCGUGACUUACCGAGCAAAACAGGAAGCGCGCAUCGGCAGACCAAUGUCGGCGAAUGGCGUCCCGGUGCUGGCGUCAACGUCACGGAUACCGCGGCCUUCUUCGAGCCUGGCAUCGGAAAUGUAACUCUGAUCGUGAUCACUAUACUGGAGCAGCCGUAUGUAAUGCUGAGGAGCGAGGGGAAUUUCAGUGGAAACGCGCGCUACGAGGGCUUCUGCAUCGACCUGCUGAAGGAGAUAGCGCGCAUGGUGGGCUUCGCCUACAGGAUCGAGCUCGUGCCGGACGGCAAGUAUGGCGUUUACGAUUACGAGACCGGCGAAUGGAACGGCAUAGUGCGCCAGUUGAUGGACAAGAAGGCCGAUCUCGCUGUCGGUUCGAUGACGAUCAACUACGCGCGCGAGAGUGUCAUCGACUUCACGAAGCCGUUCAUGAAUUUGGGCAUUUCGAUCCUCUUCAAGGUGCCAACGAGCCAUCAGGCGCGACUCUUCUCCUUCAUGAAUCCACUCGCGAUCGAAAUCUGGCUGUACGUUCUGGCGGCGUAUGUUCUGGUAUCGGUGACUAUGUUCGUCGUGGCGCGAUUCAGUCCCUACGAGUGGAACAAUCCGCAUCCGUGUCAUGCCGGGCCGGACAUUGUCGAGAAUCAGUUCUCUUUAUCGAACAGCUUCUGGUUCACUAUCGGAACUCUCAUGCAGCAGGGGAGCGAUUUAAAUCCCAAGGCUACGAGCACGCGUAUCGUGGGUGGCAUAUGGUGGUUUUUCACGUUGAUCAUCAUCUCGUCGUAUACAGCGAAUCUGGCAGCUUUUCUCACGGUAGAAAGGAUGAUCACACCGAUAGAAAAUGCCGAAGAUCUCGCCAGCCAAACUGACAUUGCGUACGGAACUCUCGACAGCGGAAGCACAAUGACUUUCUUCAGGGACUCGAUGAUCGAGACGUACAAGAAAAUGUGGCGAUUCAUGGAAAACAAGAAACCAUCGGUCUUCGUACCGACUUACGAAGAGGGUAUCCAACGAGUUCUCCAAGGUGAUUAUGCUUUUCUCAUGGAAUCGACCAUGCUGGAUUAUAUUGUCCAAAGAAACUGCAAUCUCACACAAAUCGGCGGUCUUUUGGACACUAAAGGAUAUGGAAUCGCUACACCCAUGGGCUCGCCAUGGCGAGACAAGAUAUCUCUGGCUAUUUUGGAAUUGCAAGAGAAAGGUGAAAUUCAAAUUCUAUAUGACAAAUGGUGGAAGAGCCCCGGAGAUACUUGCAAGAGGACGGAAAAGGGAAAGGAGAGUAAAGCCAAUUCUCUAGGUGUCGACAACAUAGGGGGAAUCUUUGUGGUCUUAUUGUGCGGCUUGGCAUUCGCCGUGCUUAUAGCGAUCUUCGAGUUCUGUUACAAUUCCAGGAAGAACGCACCGGCGGAACGGCAAAGGCCUCCGAUCCCUUCGACGCCUAUUUCCGGUUCUCUUCAGGGGAUUUCUCAGGCUGUACAACAACAGCAGCAGCAGCAGCAACAGUGCCAGCAUCCACAACAACAACAAACAAAUCAACAGCAAGAAUCACUCUGCUCGGAGAUGGCACGCGAGCUUUGUCGUGCCUUACGUUGUCACGCGUCAUCACGACGACGACGUACCUGCGACAAAUGUUCCACCCACGUGAUCGGCUAUCCACCGGAUAAUCCCACUGCCACCCCAAUAAACGGGAUAAGGUCUCAGAGAAGCAGCCUGACCGUACCCGUAGUCGAACUGCCUUCACACAUCCACAUGCAUCAUCACGCACCGCCACAUGACUAUGAUGGCAAUUAGAGGGACGCCGCCUUUAGCAAGACAAAUCUCGAUAACAUUAAUCGUUAAGCAGGAUUAAUUACAAAGCGUGUCACGAAAAGUAAUUAUGAUCGAUUUCAUUGAUAGAGACCUUCGCCGAGAAAGUGUCGGCAAUUUUGCACAAUAUUUAAUAAAGACGUUUCCGACGUUUGCGAUUAUGAAAAGAGCUUAAAAUGCUUUUUCUAAAUCGACGUGUGUCGCUUUUUCGCACACAUCUGAAAAAUCUUUCGAGAAAUCAACAUGAUCUAAUUAAUAAUGUGAUGUAACAGCUCUAAAGUAAUUUCUCUUGGCCGCAAAUUUUGUACGAUUAAUAUAAUAUUAAUUCAGGAUACGAUAUAAUUAUUUUGAGACAAAGCAUGUCUGACAUUUUAUUCAAAUAUACGUUAGGAUAACGUAAUUCAAUAUAAAAUUGUAUAUAUAUAUAUAUAUAUAUAUAUAUAUAUAUAUAUAUAAAAUCCUAAAUUGAAAUGUUAUAACCAACUCGCAAACAUAUUAAUUCGAUCUUGUCAAAGAAAAUUUUACCUUGACGUGACACAGUCAAUAUUAAGGUGAAAAGUUGAAAAGAAAUCAUGUAAAAAAAAAUUAAUAUACAAAAAAAAUUUAAGAUGUACAAAAAAAAGGAAACUUUCCUCCUUUUCUUCUAUAUUUUUUCUCUUGUCUUGAAAUGAAUAUUAUCUAGCGAAAUAUAUUUUUUUUCAUCUGUCUUUUUGUCUUUAAUGCAUACAUUUUUUUAUAUCGAGUCUUCAAUUGUUAUAAGAAGCGAGCAUUGCGAGAUAGCAAUCUAUCAGGCACGAAACCCUCAAUUCUACUACAACUGAUAUCAAGUUCUAUUAAGAGAGUAGUACGCUCAAUCUAUAACGAUAGACGAUGAAGCCUUCCGUCCUACGUUUAGAUAACUAAAUCAUCUAAUACGUUUACGAUGGUGAUCACCGAUAUCUCUACCAUCGAGCACAUUCAUGCUACUCUCGCACGAGAUCUAACGUUCGAUCCAUGCACAGAAUAAUAUUUAAACAUACUCUGUAAAUGCGUUCUCUCUUUUUUUUUUCCCCCUCUUUUUCUCCAUAAAAGGCUGCCUAAAGUGUAAGGUACUUGCAAAGUAUUCUGUAAAUAUCGCCGCGGGGAUAAAGCAGAGCAAUUAAAUUCGUAAUGGAAAUAUUUUAUGCAAAAGUGAGUUUUAUGCGAGUGAGUAAUCAUUAGUAAUCGAGUACAAUUUAGAUGUUUGGUGUCAUGUAACGUGUGCUGUAACAAUGCUGAUAGUCGGCGAAUAAAUGUAAGAUAAGAGAAUCAUCGCUGUCUCCUCUUUCUUAUCCUCUUUAAAUUGUAUCGGCCGCUAUUUAAAAUAAAAGUUAGCGAAAAAAAUAUUUCAAAAAAAUUAGUAAAAAAAGAUACCAUAAAUAUAAUUUUAAAUCAAAGUUUUUUUUUUAGUUUAAUUUAAAGCCAAACUAAGAUUAAAGUUAUCCGAACUAAUCUAUCAUUACAAAUAAAUCAACCUUUUGAUAUCAGCAAAAUAUAUAGAGUUGUUUCAAACAAAUCGCUUAAGUUACGGAGGUGCAAAAUAGAAAAAAUGCCAUCGACACUGAGAAAGAUUGUCUUUUUUAUAUAACAUCAUUUAUUAAGGGAUAAAAUAAAUGACAAAUAACAUAUCGCUUAUAUGAAACUAUAAUAUUUCUUAGUAUUCAUUAUUCGUUAUGAUAUAAAAGAAAUCACAUCACAUAUGACCCCCCUCUUCUCCAGGAGCCACAUUAAUAGCGGCAAUCGCUCGAGUUUUUACACACGAUAUACGACGAAACCGGCUUAUCGCUGGACAAUAUACAGAUUAGCGGGAACUGAAAUUCCAUGGAAUUUCUAAGUGAAAAUCUCAGAAAGAUCGCGAGCUCGUGUCGGUCCAUGAUUAGAUUAGGCUACGACCGCGAUGCUUAAUCGAAUCAACAUGACCGAGAUGUUACGACGGGCUACGCGAGUGAGGAAUUCCUUCUCUCUGAUCCAAAGGUCUUACGAAAUCUCUUCCUCGUCGGUGCAAUCAGCGAAUUACUAUCAAAAAGGAUGUUUCUCUCUUGCGUAUAAUUCUAGGACUAAAUCUAGAGAGCACAAAACGAGAAAAAAGAAAAUUUUUUCCUCCUUUUACCGCUCUACAUCAAAUUACUCGUGUGAUGUGCAAUUAAAAAAAAACCUCACUGAUAGUAAUUCGUUAAAUAAAUCGGGACGAGGGGGGCCUGGUCAAAUCACUUGUAAUUAUCACACAAUCAUUCCCGAUACGGUGGCAUGUACUAUUUUUAAUAUGCUUUUUGUGACUUUCGGAGGUGGACACUCGACUUUGCACGAUUCGUGCAUUUUCUUUCAUUCUCUCCCCUUCUCGCAUUUUUUCUCUCAUUUUCUCUCUCUCUCUCUCUCUCUCUCCUUUUCUCUUGAGAAUACCCACUUGAGACAACUGUGGACGACAAGCUUAAAUCCGGUUCAAGAUCUAUAUGUACAUAAAAGUUUAUUUUUUUUUAUUUUUUUUUUUUAAAUUUACUCCACACUAUGCGCGUCUUCUUUCUCUGUCACCUUCUCUAUUUUUCUUUGCUCGUCCACCUCCAAUAUUCUCACUAUAUACUUUAUCGAGGCAUCAACUCGAUUCGAAAUCUCGACACGCUCUCUCUCGCGUGUCCAAGAGAAACAGAGAAAUUGAUAAAAGUGGAGCUAUGAUCAGACAUGAGACACAAUCGGAGAUCCCUCUGUUUUUCUAAUACAAGGAGUUACAUAAGACAUCUGAAAUGCAUUCCAAAGAUUUUCAAUCUAUUUAAAAGAUAUCAUGAAGCGUUUUUCAAGCGUUUUGAUGGCUUUGCGAUGAUUUUAUAUUUCGCUAUGUGAAGAGAUCUCAGUGUUCGAUAUUUGAUCGUAUCUCGCUGCAAAAGCAUUCGCCUUUAUAUGGUAUGCACAACUUAAUCGCUAUUACAUAAAAAAUCUCGAUUCUUUCUACAUCCUUUUUUAUCUCUCUACUCCUUCCUUUCUCUUUCUCUCUGUUUCUUUCUUUCUCCCGUUUUCCUACCGUAUUUCUCUUCUUAGAAUCGCGAAAUUAUGAUCUACCGCAAUGUGUGGUUCGCUACAGCGGCAAUCACGAGUGAAUUCGACAAGAAUUUCUCGCAUUUAAAAUACAAAAGAAAAGAACAAUGAAAAACAGAUAUGAAACAGCCGCUGUUCGUUAUUGUUACAACGCUCUUCUGUCAUUACAACGACGAUUUUCUUUCUCCCUCUACAAGCCUCACGCGUAUUUCUAUUUUCUCUUCUUUUGUCUCCCCUUCAACUCUCUUUCUCUAUCUUUCGCAAUUAUUACAUUAUGAGAUCAAUCUGCGCGCACGGUUAUCGCGAACAUCUGUUGCUAUCCGUUAUUGCUCUCACCUACAUCGAAAAACACAUUGUAAAGUCUCUCUUUUGCCGAUUAUAAAAUAAACAAUGCUAAUAAAUGACGAAAAUUAGCGAGGGCAAAGACAUAGCUGGAAAGAUAGAUUAAAGACUCAAAAGAUCUUCAAUUAUGUUCGAGCAAUAAUGUAGAAUAUAAAUAACACAAAAGAAAUAAAUAAAAAACGUAAAAGAGAGAGAAAAACUGAUUAAAAAAAGAGAAGAAAGAAGAGAAAAGAGAGAGAAAAAAUUCAACUACGAUCUCGUAAGACGCGUGUUGCGCCGUUUUUUUUUGGAACAUAUUAAAUAAAUAAAACUCUAUAUAAAAUCUUAUAUUUUCUUACAGAACCAGGAUGUUAAAAAUACACAUCCCAUGUAUUUUUAUAUAAAAUUCAAAAAGAGUUGAAGUAGCUUUCGAAGUCGCGACAUAAUUACCCUAAAUAAACGUGAUUAUUAUGGUAAUUAACAUUCACACUCUCUCUCACUCUCUCUCUCUCUCUUGCUCUCUCUCUCUCUCUCUCUCUCUCUCUCUCUCUCUCUCUCUCUCUCUCUCUCUCUUGCUCUCUCUCUCAUCUGUGAUUGCAUAACGCACCAAAAAUACAUACGCAUCGAAACCUAUAUUAUUAGUCACCUAAAACGGAAUUAAAAAAAGGGAUCAGAGUUACGUAAAACCAUUGUGUAUGUCGGAGAAAUCGUGAUACUUAUAAACUAAACGCGCGAAUAAUUUUGUUCCUUAAAUAUUCAGAUAUAAAGUAAUCGUAUAAAAUAUUCGUGAGUAAAAGGUAUCGAAUAUGUACGAUUAGUACAGAGUGGAGUACGUUUUUCUUUUGAAUGAUUUAUGUGUCAAAACACAUUUCAUGUAAAUAAUUUAUAUAUAGACUGAUACGUACUAUUAAAAUUCGGGUAAUCGCAACAAUACUCCCUUUGUACAACUCUUUGGUUUCAACUUCGCGGACACUCGCGACACGAGUUUGAUUAAGAAAUAAUCUACUAUAAAAUCCAAUGAUCAAUUUUAAUUUUCUGACAAUUUGAUAUCAACGUACGUAUCCUUGCAAGAAAAUAAAAGGUCCCGAUUUUUCUAAACUCAUCGAUCGCGAUCGACAAUUUCGUAAAUUGUCCGGAAAAUGAAAGGGAGAGAAAAAGAUAGAUAAAAAUAGAAAGUUACUUAAAGGGAAGCAGAGAAGAGAAAGAGAGUUCCAAAAUAGAGAUCGAAAAAGAAUUUUAAAAAGAAAAAAAAAACAACAAAAAGUGACAGAAAAUAAUUGGAAAUAUUGUCGUUAACACGACAAAAACUGCGAGUGUCGGAUUGCAAAAAAUCGUUAUUUCCUCUCCUCGGUUGUCAUCCGCAAAUGACAGGAUACAAAGCAAUAAGAGAAAAAGUUCGAUCGCUAAAAAGUUAUUGGUUCUGCCGAUCCGGCUAUUCCGUUCUGGCGAGACGAGCGAUCGCGCGAGACGCGUUUUUCUUUUUAUAUCUUAAAUUCUCGGAGUGAUAUGUAGAGGCGUCGACUAAGGAAACAAGAAAACGCGUCGCUUUGUUGGUCGAAAUAUCUCGCUGCUGCUAUCCAUGUUUUGUUCCGCAUCAUUCGGGCGAACCGUGCGCGUGUGUGUACGCAUGUUUCCUACAUGAACUGGUACUUUAGAACACGACUUCACAUCACCGGAACAAACUCGCCUCCGAAUAAAAUGUAUUAUCCGAUAUCAUUUCCCGUAGACUAGAUAACUAUGAUCGAGAAUCGGAACCGGUGUAAUAUCAGAAAAUCUAAAUAUUUAAUAAUUGAUUAAAAUAGAUGUUUGGGAUUUUGAACAUUUUAGUAAAAUUUUAAGCGAUACAUUUAUUAUUUCGAAAUAUUUGAUAUUUUGUAGAGAGAAUUUAUUUUAUAUAUUAUUAUAUAUUAGAUAAAAAAUGUAUUUUUCAUUAAAAAUUUUAAGUUUUAUAUUUACAAAUGUAUUAAAAUUAUAAAUAUAUAUAUAUAUAUAUAUAUAUAUAUAUAUAUAUAUAUGACAUUUAUAAAAAUUUUAUUAAUAAAAAUGUAAUCCCUCCCUCCCCCUCCUUCUCAAAGCCGCAAAUUAUCACAAUUCACCGAAAUUACGCCAGUUUCAAUUUUUAGCAUGCGUCUUUGCAUCUUGUGAUCUCCCUAUGCGUUACUUAUUAUCAUUAGCUCAAUCAAGAUUGAAGAAACGUUCAUCAAUUUGGAUUCCAAAGUACCGAUAUUCUGAUAUCGUUGAACACACAUGUGAGUAAAUUGAAUAUUUGGAGCGCGCCUGCGCACACAACAUAUACACACACAUGCACAGUUAUACAAUAAAGAGACAUUAUAAUUACAAACGAUAUACGUAGAAUAUACGUAGAUAUACGUUUGUCAAACUUCUGCGUACACACUCUCUUUCUCUCGCUCUUUCUUUCUCUUUCUCUCGUCAAGUUAAUCGUAAAUAUGCGUAUAUAUGUAUCUAUAUAAAUGUAUGUGGUGUGUAUAUAUAUAUAUAUAUAUAUAUAUAUAUGUAUAUAUAUGUAUAUAUAUAAUAUGCAUAUGUAUAUAUGUAUAUAUACACAUUUGCUCUGUGUGUGUGUGUGUGUGUGUGUGUGUGUGUGUGUGUGUGUGUGUGUUAUGUGUUAUACAUAUAUAUGUAGAUAUAUGAUCACAGAACACGUAUAAUUCGCGUGUAAUAGUUUGUGCCACGUUCUUCGUGUGUAGGCAUGUACUUUAACAAUCUAUUAUAAGGAUUUAAUUUGUGUUUAAACAGCCUCUCCUCAAUUCUCCUCGCACAUAACACUUUGACACCAUUUGCUCGGUAACCCCGUUGUUACAACGAUCGUAAUUAAUCGGGAGGGACAGGGCUUCGUCAAUUAUGCAUUGCGUACCCCAUCGCUCUAUUGAGUUUUCUCUCUUUCUCCUCUAUAGUGCUAUUAGAGGUUACGGAGGGAGGCUAUUAGAAGGCUUGGAAAUUCGUUGAUAAACACCUACGCGUGCGGGCAUUAUAUCGGACGUCGAGAGAUUGGUGUUUUCAUGGUCGGUCGGUUCUCGCAAUAGUACUUAUACGAUUAUGAUAAUCCCGAUCCACGCUUUCCUUCGUGCCAUCUUCCUCCCUCCUUCUUCAAAUCACGAGUAUAAAACAAAUACAAUGAUUUUUCUUUCUCCAAUUUAAAAUAGCAGCCAAAUUUUUCUUUCGCGCAUAACUCGAAACGCAGCAUACGCAAUACGCAAACGAGAUCGAUAUAUUUGUUAUUCAAUGUGAGCUUGGCGAUAAACACGAAAAGUUUUUAUCAUCAAGUUCCGCUUUCGAUUGAAACUUUAAUCUCCUCCCAUUGCUGACGAAAAUAACAAUGUCCAAUCUUCAAAAACCGAUUUAUCUUAAUCUCAAGAUGAAAAGAUAUUUCGUUCUUGGAUGAUGGAAGUGGUUCGCUUUUCACAUUCAUCUAAACGACAAUAGAGCGCAUUAUCCCUCGGUAAAUAAACACAGCCGAUAGGCUUCUCUCCGCGAUCGCAUGCGUGCAUCAAAACAUGUGUGUAUGCGUGUGUGUAUGUGGGUAUGCUGCACGCGAUCGCGGAUCGUCCUACAAUCUAAGGUUUUCUCGACAUAUGCGUAUGACGAAUGGUAAGUAGAUACAAGUUUACGUUAGCUUUCACGGUCUUUUUUAGUUUUACGAAAGAUGGUAUCAUCAAAAUAAAACGCGAAAAUAAAAAACGCAUCGUGUGUAUAUAUAAUAUGUAUGUAUAUAUAUGUAUACAACGCAAAAAGACCAAAGAUGACGAAUUCAGCGUUAAAUUUCUUAAUUUAACUUUAUAAUUAAUUUUCCACUUCGUGACAAGUUAUCAAGACCCGACACAGAAGCAGAAACAAAAUAUUGCGUGUGGAGCUAAAAUUUUUUCUCGUGUGUGUACACGUCGUAAUGAUGCGUUAAUCUAUGAACUUGUUGGCAAAUCGCGCAUAAGAUCGAAACACAGUGAAAAAAUUGUGUGUGUGUGUAUGUUGUGUGUGUAUAAAGUUAAAGCGCGACGCGAAAGCUACUAACAGGCGAGAACAAACGUUUUUUUUAACAGAUCUGAAACAUAAAAGAAACGCACAAAUAACAGUCUGCUACGAUGCCGAACGUAGAAAAAUACAAGUGUCUAUGUACAAAUUAUAAUCUUUCAUCUCUCUGUCAUCCCCAGCCUUGUCUUUUUUCUGUCUGUUCGCACAAUCUCGUUCUCUCCUCUUAAUGCUCUAGACUUUGAUCUGUCAAAUACGCACGGAAGUACUUUGCCGAUCCUACAUAUUCGUCGCAACUAUAUUAAAUUUAUUACGCGAAUAGACGGAACCGGAACGUACAAUCGACGUAUUAGUAAGUCGCUCGAGGAAUAAAGAUGCAUUGGAUUCGCUAUUGGAUCACGAAAAGAGCUUCACCAAAUGGCCAAGUAUUGCGUUUUCUUGCAUCUCUUCUUCCUACCCGAUUCAUAUCUUCUUUUCCUUUGUUUCUUUUUUUUCCUCGCUUCUUCAUUAUCACCUUUCUCAGCGUUGAUUGAAGAAUCGCAAUUUCUCUCUAUUGCCGCGAUUCAUGAGUCGACGAAAUGGCUUUAUGAUGCCGUGCGUGUGCAAAUGUAUAUAUAUGUAUGAUGUUCUAUAUGAAACUCGAUGAUGUCGCGCUCAUUCGUUCCUUCCAUGCCUUGCGCAGAAUCCAGGAAUUCGGAUAGCGCGAUAGAA